CUUAUUGGACUCUCGGGCUGGAUGAGUCUGCACACCUGUAGCACAUUGAGUAAUCAGUGUGCACUGGGUAAACCAGCCAUCACCGCACACACUCAGAGAGAGAUUCACUAAAUCAUGAAUCAUUCUCAACAAACCUUUACAAUUCACCGGUCUCUCAACACCACCAUCCUGAGUCCUUGUCUCGAGGAGACCAAUAGACGUCCCACUAGGUGCUGUGUGUAGCCUGGACUUCGUUACACCACUUCCUUCUAGAGCGCCGCCGUCAGAGCCUGGCCGAUGGAAGGCACCGGCAGCACCUGGCCUGGAGAGCCCACCCCUUCCUGCGCGGGUUGCAUGGUGGAGGCCAACACCAGCCAGGUGUCGGAGCUCCAGAACGGCUCCUCCACACGCAGCUCCCAGUUCGUUGGGGUGGAGCUGCUGCAGUCCUUCAAGCCCCUCAUCAUCCCCUGCUACGCCCUGGUGGUCCUUGUGGGCGUGUUCGGCAACUACCUGCUCCUCUACGUCAUCUGCCGCACCCGCAAGAUGCACAACGCCACCAACUUCUUCAUCGGAAACCUGGCCUUCUCGGACAUGCUGAUGUGCGCCACCUGCGUGCCCUUCACGCUGGCCUAUGCCUUCAACCCGCGCGGCUGGGUGUUCGGACGCUUCAUGUGCUACCUGGUGUACCUCAUCCAGCCCGUCACCGUGUACGUGUCCGUCUUCACCCUCACGGCCAUCGGGGUGGACAGAUACUACGCCACAGUGCAUCCCCUGAAGAAGCGGCUGUCCAUCAUGGCGUGCACCUACCUGCUCUGCGGCAUGUGGCUGCUGUCCUGCGGGCUGGUGGCGCCGGCCGUGGCCCACACAUACCACGUGGAGUUCAAGCACGAGGGCUUCAUCAUCUGCGAGGAGUUCUGGAUGGGCAAGAAGCGAGAGAGGCUGGCGUACGCCUACAGCACACUCUUCGUCACCUACGUGCUCCCGCUGUCCGCCCUGUGUAUCUCCUACCUCUGCAUCUCCGUCAAGCUGCGCAACUGCGUGGUGCCGGGCCACCGGACUCAGAGCCAGGCCGAGGCCCAGCGGGUGCGCAAGCGCAAGACCUUCCGGCUGGUGAGCCUGGUGGUGGCGGCCUUCGGCUUCUGCUGGAUGCCCAUCAGCGUGUUCAACGUGCUGCGGGACAUCGACAUCGACCUGAUAGACAAGCGCUACUUCCUGCUCAUCCAGCUGCUGUGCCACCUGUGCGCCAUGAGCUCGUCCUGCUGCAACCCCUUCCUGUACGCCUGGCUGCACGACCGCUUCCGCGCCGAGCUCCGCAAGAUGUUCACCUGCCGCCACCGCAUCGGCAUCCCCGCCAACCACUGCGCCACGGCCAGCGUGGUCCUGUGA